AUGUCUGCCGGCGAGGAGGUCGAGACGUUCGCCUUUCAGGCUGAGAUCAACCAGCUGAUGAAUCCGCCCGAGAUGAUCACCAACCUGGGCACCAUCGCGCAGUCGGGCACCAAGGGCGGCAUACAGCACUGCCAGCCAGCCUCUUCCUCCUCCUCAAGGGGCCUGGACCUAAUCCUAGAAUAUGGGGCCCAUUAUUUUCGCGACCCUGGCGGGGAGGGCCUAUUUUAUUCUGUCGGCCCGCCCUCCAAACCGGGCGACUACCGGUUCGCGCGGGAGAAGAAUUGCGACCUGCGUUUGCUCGACUUCGAGACGUUCGGCGGCUUCGGGGACGGCGUCCGCAGAAUUCUUCGGCAGGCGGCGGACCAGCUGAGUAACAAACUUUCGCACGCUCAGCACCUCGAUGAGGUCACAUGGACCACCAAGAACUGGCACGGGCUGCAGAUGCAGCGCUUGUCUGUCGUUCUCCACACCGCCGUGGCGUGGCAGACGGUGAACGAGCUAGCGUGCGGGGACAGCGGCAUUGUGCAUGGUGCGGAGUGCAUUGCCGUUCUUAACGGAGUCGCUUAG